AUGGCGUGCUUCAAGCCAUUUCGUUGCAUGUGCAUAGUCGACGGGAACGAGAGAGAGAGAAUCCAGCUGGAGGGCAUCGCUGGCUCGUUCAGCUGGAAUCCAUCUGCAAACGAGUGUCCCCGUAAGAUUCCCCCAAAAGAUUCGAGACAGAGACUUGACUGCAAGCGCUCGAUACGGCGGCGCAUGUCUACUACCCAGGCGCUGGAGCCUUGCGACUCGCAAUGGUACCAGGCUUUGGACCCUUCGUCUCACGAUCUAGCCGACGACGUCGAGUUCAAGAACGUGACGUGGUGCGAGGACGCGAGGUGUCGGAAUUUCUACAGGUUCCGGGAGCAUGCCAACGUGGGCACCUCGACAAGUUGA